UUUUUCACUAGAAUUUGAUUUACUCAUGUUAAUUAAUCACUAUUCUCUAACCUCAAACUUCACUUGUUUUGUUUACGAAACGACCGGCGCGAGCGGAAUGACACUUGGAUGAGUUCAUAUCAAUUCGGCAAUUCGAACGAGACUGCCACCAUGCCAUAGACAAUUGGCGCCAAUUUUGAACAACAACAUAUAUAUUCGCAUUCGCAUUCGCGAAUGUCGGUACCAGAUAUUCGCGAAUGUUCAAAAAAUUACAUUCGUUACAUCACUAGUACUUACUUAUCAUUUAUUGUUAAUAGUUUCAUGGUAUUAAUGGCUUUUUGUUUGUUUUUUGGUUAAUUAUUGAAAUUAGCCACCCACGCGAAUUGUAGUCCAAUAAUUUAGACGUUAUUAUAAAGAUACCAACAAUUUAUUCAGGUCCUGGUAGUGUGGGUGUGAGAGCUACCCACAUAUGGGUAUCAAUGUUUAGUUUGAUUGCAUUUCGUAACCUUAUCCAAAGAUCAUUCGUAUGUUGAUUUUGAUUAAUUAAUAUUGCUUAUGUCCUUGUCUCAAUGUUAAUGCUGAAUAUGUUCCUAGAUUUAACAACGUCUACUUUUCAAACGUAGCUGGCGAAGCGAAUGCCGUCCUCUCCAACCAAAUGAUAAUUUACAAAUGGCAGAGAUGCAUCCUCAUUUUCUUGCUAUCCUUAUGCUUCACAUCUACCAUUCUUUAAAAACGUCUAACUCUAAAGAAAAUAUAACUAGAAAAAAAUCCACGCAGACCAGGCAGCAGACGGGACUCGAACCCCUUCCUUCCUCUACCUCUUUCUUUAGAUUUAAACAAUCAAGCAGUUACAUGCUUUAAAAUAAUGAAAAUUAUAACGUCUUAACUACCUAUAUUGGCAGCCAAUGCUAUGCCUUUUCCAUCUUGGACAUCUUACGAUACAACGCGUUCUAUAAUUGAACGAUGCGGGAGAGUUCAACACAUCGCGGUCCAUCUUUUUAGAAUAGGACACAAAUAACAUUCUAUAUUUGAAAAUUUCAACAUCACAAACAUCGAGUGCACCUAUCCUCGAAGCAAAACGCACACCACUUUAAGUUUUAGUGCCACGGAUUAAAACAGACAUUACCAUGUCACACUGGAUAUUAGAUGCUGUGUUGUUUUGCUUUUAUGGAAUAUGGAUUCUAAGGUAGAACGGUUAUGCAGCAGCCAUGCCGAUGACCACAUGCUUCAAUGUUUGUAAAUAGAACACUGUACUACGAGCGACGUUUGAUCUUUCACACAAACUAAACGUGUCACGUCCAUCGCUUGUCUGCCUCAUCAUCUCUACUACGAGUGGAAUAUAAAUUUGUCAAUGUAAUGGAAGGACAGGCGUUCGCGUUAUGUUAAACAAACUUUGUAGUUUCAUUCUGUUUUUAAAUUAAGAGGCGUCGGGUGAUCGGUGACAUCUUCUCACAUAGUGAGAUGUCGUGACUACGUUUAAAUCUCGUUACAUUCAGCUUUGUUUACAAACUGUUUUAUGUCCUUUUUAUUAGCUAUUAUGAAGUCGACUAUCGCACGUAAUUUAUCUAAAGUACGUUGAUUUCCCGGAAGAAUUAGCUCGACAUUGUGAAAGGAACCCGUCCAAAGGAAUCUAACGAGAGUGUUUGCUUAUUCCAUUAUCCAGCUGGUUUGGGAAGUGAAAAAUCACGCUUAUCUGGCACAAACUGGGGGACGGUGGUCCACGCUCGGCCCAUCUGUUCGUUGCACCCAUAAAGAUAACGAAAAACGGAACGCAUUCAUUUCAUAUCAGUCCCUUCGAGCGAACACUCCUGCGCUUCGAAUUUAUUUCAUACAUACAGCGCGCGAAAAACAAACGGCAGCCAUUUUGCAUAUUUUCGAACGAUGUGUUCCAUAUUCGAGCGCACGAUAUAUCCAGAUCCCGAGUCUGAGAAGGCGAUCAUGGGGUCUGUGGUGUACUGCAUUCAUCACAAGCAAGGAUGCCAAUGGUCGGACGAAUUACGCAAGUUGAAGGCGCACCUGAACACGUGCAAGCACGACGCGGUCCUCUGCGCGGCUCAAUGCGGCGCCAUGAUCCCGCGCGUUCUGAUGCAAGACCACCUGCGGUACACGUGCCCGCGCCGCCGCGCCAACUGCGACCACUGCCACAAGGAGUUCUCGGGCAGCGCACUAGAGGAGCACCAAGGCAACUGCGGGCACGAGCCAGUCUACUGCGAGAACAAGUGCGGUGCGAAGGUGCAGCGGCGGCACACGCAGCAGCACUUGCAACAGCACUGCAGUAAGCGGCUAGUGCCGUGUCGACAUUGCGGCCAGCGGUACACACAGGACACAGUAGCGGCGCACGGAGCGACAUGCGCCCGCGCCCCGGUGCCGUGCCCGCAGCGCUGCGCCGCCGCGCCCGUGCCGCGCGACGAGCUCGACGCGCACCUGCGCGACCACUGCGCCGCGGCCGGCGUCGCGUGCGCAUACAGGGACGCCGGGUGUCGGUUCAAGGUGAGGCCAUACCGGCCAGCUAGAUAUACGGUUACACGGAGCGACAUGCGCCCGCGCCCCGGUGCCGUGCCCGCAGCGCUGCGCCGCCGCGCCCGUGCCGCGCGACGAGCUCGACGCGCACCUGCGCGACCACUGCGCCGCGGCCGGCGUCGCGUGCGCAUACAGGGACGCCGGGUGUCGGUUCAAGGUGAGGCCAUACCGGCCAGCUAGAUAUACGGUUACACGGAGCGACAUGCGCCCGCGCCCCGGUGCCGUGCCCGCAGCGCUGCGCCGCCGCGCCCGUGCCGCGCGACGAGCUCGACGCGCACCUGCGCGACCACUGCGCCGCGGCCGGCGUCGCGUGCGCAUACAGGGACGCCGGGUGUCGGUUCAAGGUGAGGCCAUACCGGCCAGCUAGAUAUACGGUUACACGGAGCGACAUGCGCCCGCGCCCCGGUGCCGUGCCCGCAGCGCUGCGCCGCCGCGCCCGUGCCGCGCGACGAGCUCGACGCGCACCUGCGCGACCACUGCGCCGCGGCCGGCGUCGCGUGCGCAUACAGGGACGCCGGGUGUCGGUUCAAGGGUACGCGCCAAGCGCUGGAGCGGCAUACAGAAGAAAGUUGCCAGUCGCACUUAUCCCUAGUGCUAGCACUGGCAGCAAGACAGGCGCGGCAACUAGAAGCACUGCGUGGAGCCGUAGCGAGACUAGCUUGCGGCUGCUCUGGAGCUCUUGUAUGGCGCCUUACCGAUGUUGCGGCUAAGAUGGCCGACGCGUGUACCAAAGACGGCGUCGAACUAGUCUCGCCCGCCUUCUAUACAAGCCAGUAUGGGUACAAGUUGCAGGCGUCUCUUUUCCUCAACGGCAACGGCGCUGGUGAAGGCACCCACAUGUCCGUCUACAUCAAGAUCUUGCCGGGCGAAUACGAUGCAUUGCUACGCUGGCCGUUCGCUCAUACCGUCUCAUUCACACUGUUCGACCAGAGCUCAAGCCCUGACCGCGCCUGCAAUAUAGUGGAGUCCUUCGUCCCAGACCCGACGUGGAAGAACUUCCAGAGGCCGUCGAAGGAACCCGACGCGCUAGGCUUCGGUUUCCCGCGCUUCGUCUCCCACGAAAUGCUCAAGAAGAGGAACUUUAUCAAGGACGACGUCAUGUUCUUGAGGGUGAAAGUCGACCCGAGUAAGAUUGUAGCCGUUUAAGCCACGUUCGGAAAGAACAGUAUAAUUCGCGCCGAAAAGGAAAUCCAAAAUGGCGUCGCGAGAUAUUCCGCCCUUCUCCUAUGUAACAUACUACGUACCAUAGAGGUAUGAGAAUAGAGUGGGGAAGGCGGCUCUAAAAGUGUCUAGUAGAAAGAGAAAGAAGAUGAGAAACGGCUAGCUAUCUUUCUCUCUUGUGACGCAUGGCAUCACAUCGAAAUAGUAAGAUGCUUACGGUUGCCAAUGCGCAUGCGCGAUUAGAGAGAGAAAGCUAGCAGUCUCUCAUCUUCUUUCUCUUUCUAUUAGAGGGACACUUCCACGUGUAUAAUGUAUAUCUCCCCUACUCUAUUCUUAUACCUCUAUGGUUACUACUAAGAGUGCGUGCGAGAGAGAUGGAAUGGUUAGCGUCGCGAAUUUAGAUUUGUUACUUCGUAGAUGCGUGUUUUUUCAUGUAAAUAGUAUUUUUAACUAUAAAGAUGACAUAUUAUUAUGCUGAUAACAGCGCACAAAUAGAGGGGCAGUCACUGUUGAUUAGUGUACUAAGUAAUUUAAAAGUCAUAGACUGUAACUGUAUAUAUUAUGAUUAAGUUAAGUUAAUUAGUUAACUAAUACGGUUAGUGUGUAACUUGUAAAUAUUAAAAUUUAGGAAAAGAAGCGCAUAAGCUGCAUUGUUAUCCUUUCACUGAAGAUCUCUUGAGUUUCAAUUGCCGUCAGAAGAACAUAGCAAUCUGAGCAUGCCUUCAAAGACAACGCUUCGAAGUUGUAUACUUCAUGUAAUUUUGAGCACCGGGCAACAUUAUCGACCGUUUUGCGUUUUUAACCUGUGCCAUAUUUCGUAAGAAUUUAUUGAAUAGUGUACACACAUUUUUAUAGGGUUCUGCAAAAACUGUGUGUCGAAAGCAAUGUUAAGUGCGUUGGGUUCAGGUGCAUUUUUCUAGGCCUUACCAAUCAAAUGAGAAAGGCUUCCCGAAAAAGUGUUUUGGACAACAUCGUAAUAAAUGAAACUGGCAACUUUGAGACAUGUUUGGCUUUGUUAUAAAUCGGCAGAUCUUUGUAUAUAUGACCUAUUUUGCUGAAUAGUUUAUUGUAUUAGAAAAGAGCUUUUCUUUUUUUUUUGUUAAAAUAUAUAAUUUUGUAUAUAACAUAUCUUUCCCAGAGCACUGUUUGUAUAUAUAUUUUUUAUACUAUUAAUUAAUCUAAAAUAUAAUGGAAAUUAAUACUUUCAUAUUUCUGAGUUCUCAAGCUGGAGUUAGACCAAAGUGUUUUGAUGACUUUGCAAAGAAAAACAUUAUAAUUAAUACAGUGUACAUUCAUACUAUGCAAAGUUUAUCAACCAUAAAUGUAUAACGCGGCUAUAGCUGUUUUUAAUUAUAUAUUUUUAUAUUAACUACAGAGAAUAUGUUAGACAUAUAAUAGUAAGCUCUAUUGAAUGGUCCAUUUCGUGCUUUUUUAAUAGUAAGCAGUUUGAAAUACCACGUCUACUAUAUGUUAGGAUAUGAACGCGUUUUAAAACUAUUACAAAUGGGUUUUCCCUAUAAUGAAUGAUAAAUCAAGCGUGUUAGAACAAGUUAAGCAGAAGUGUAGAGGUAAAUCAGUCGUGUCACUUGUUUAAAUAAAAGGAGGGUAGUACGAUAUUUGCCCUGUGAACAACUACCCUCUAAUGUUUUAACACGGCGAAUCACGUUUUAAUUAGACGGUGUGCAAGUCAUUAAUAUUCAGAUCUCUUUAACGCUUUCCUUUAACAAUUUAAUCUCAUUGAAAUCAUACAUUCCAGAAAAAAACAUAAUUUUAAGUCCGGCUUCCCUUAAUUAACCGAAAUUGAAAAUUAUGAUUAACAGGUUACUUAACCAAUCUUUUUUUUACAUUAAAUUUGUUUUAAAUCUCAAUUUGUAUUCUUUCACAUUUUGUUAAAAUCAAGAAUUUGAUUACGUCAAAAAUUUAAUAUAAUGCCGCGUGUUAGAACAUUGAAACACUAUUAUCGCAGACUAUCGAUCUUCUGGGUGAAUAGACAUUAAACAAAUUUGAAAUGUAAAAUAUUAGUAGGUACCUAAAAGAUAGAGUGCGGAAAGAGAAUGGGCGUGGCGAAAAACGGAACUAAGAUUUUUAUUUGGCAAUCAAACCCAGCAAUCUGUAAAACGACAAUGCUUUGUUUUGAUACGGAUUUGUUUGUUGUUGUGAUUUCUUGCAGUUUUUUGUAUUUAAUCAUGUCUCAAAGGGGUAAAGCCUUACAAAUACGGUAGAAAAGCACUACAGCGCCCUCCAAUCUAAAUCCCAUUCUCUAUCCGCACAGACUCUAAAACUUUUAAUAUUAUAGUUAGGAAGACGCCUAUUUUUGACUUAAUAUUAACGGUUUUUGUAUCGAUUUAAUAAUGAGUAUCCCAAAUAGAUCAUUUUUAGAUAUUCUUUCGUACUAUUUAGUAAAAAUGAGACUAACUUUUUUAGUACUAAGCGUUUAGGUUUACAAGUCGACCUAAGUCCUGUCGUAUCUUAAGAUUUGUUUUAAGAUGGAAAUAUAUUAUAUUUCUUUUUCAU